UGCAGGUACAUGAACCGUUCAAGACCCUCUCUGAGAUAAUGGCAAGAAGUGGUGUUGGAUUGCCAGAACCAAGGCUUGUGUUUCAAUCUGGUCAAAAGACAAUUGAAGCUGUAUAUCAAGUUGCCUUAUAUUCAGACAAGCAAUUUAUUGGGACAGGUUAUGGGGAAAGUACAGAUGUGGCUGUUGACCAGGCAGCUUCUGAUGCUCUGAGAAGACUGUUUCAUAUUACUGCAUCGUCAGACCCUCUACCUUUUGGUGAAACAAGUGAAAAUAUCACGAUAAGUGACAAAGAAAAUCUAUCUAUUCUUGAAUGGUCCACCAUUAAAGCUAAAAAUGUUGUUUUGUGUUAAUUGUACUGGAUUUUCUUGGCAAACCUAUUAAUAAUUUGGAUGUGUACAUUGUAUUAUAAUUGUAUAUAAAUGACAGUUC